AUGUCGAAUAUGAAAAGAAAGAAUGAAGAUGAUUCCAAUGAUGAUUCUAAGAGACUAGCUUUGGAUUCUGAAUCCAUUGAACAGUCUAGGAUCGAGGAAGAGCAAGCUAAGACUGCACCAGCAAUUUCUCAAGAUGAAAAAGCACAAGACUCUGAUGAUGGUGAAGUGAAAUAUGAUGAUGACGAAGAAGAUGACGAGACUCCUGAAACCAAACAACUUGAAGAAAAAUCCGAAGAGGAACCAAGAGAAGAAUCUGUAGGAAAUCUAGAGCUCCAGGAUAAAUCAAAUGUUGAAGAAGCUGAUGACAAGAGAGAAGAACAUGCAGUUGCAAGAGAAAAAGAGGAUCCUACUUUUAUUUCUCUUCGAAUGUACUGUUCGUCCAGGGAUGCUUCAAUGGUCGUAGGUAAAAAAGGAGAAAAAAUCAAUCAUAUUAGGGAUAAAGCCAAUGUCAAAUUAAUGGUCAGUGAAAACAAUAAGGGCUCACCAGAGCGAAUUGUUACGGUUAGAGGAUCCUCUGAGAAUGUUGCUAAAGCUUUCGGAUUGAUAUCAAGAGCUAUUGUGGAUGAACCUGAAGAUGAGCCAUCCACUUUAUCCUCAAAAUCCUACGAUUUGAGAUUAUUGGUCCCUCACCCUGUUGUAGGAUUCAUUAUCGGAAAACAAGGAAGUAAUUUCAGGGAAAUUGAAGAAAAUUCUGCUGCUAAAUUAAAAGCUGCAGAAAAGCCAUUGCCUUACUCUACUGAUAGAAUUUUAUCCAUAAAAGGUGUGAGUGAUGCCAUUCAUAUAGCAGUUUAUUUCGUUGCCCAAUCAUGGUUGGAACAUAAGGAUUCUUUGAAAAAGGCUCAAAUAAUCUUUUAUAACCCAGCCAACCAUGACCCUAAUUUAAACCCCAAUACCACGUUAAUCGGAGAUUUGUACAAAGGCUCUCAGUCACCAAGAGCCUCAGGUAACAGCCCGUUGAAUGCUUUGAAUGCUUUGAGUCAGAUGACCAAAAGUCCUUUGAGCCAGUUGAGUCAAAUGAAUCAACCAGCAAAUCAACCGAUGAAUCAAUCAAUGAACCAACCUCCCAUGAAUAUGAAUCAGGGUAUGAAUCAAUCACCCAUGAAUAUGAACCAAGGUAUGAAUCAAGGCAUGAAUCAAGGUAUGAACCAGCCCCCUAUGCAUAUGAGCCAAGGAAUGAACCAACCAAUGGGUCAACCAAUGGGUCAACCAAUGGGUCAACCAAUGGGUCAAAUGAACUCCGGUAUGAGUGCUUUAAAUGCUUUAAGUAAUUUGAGUAAUAUGAUGCAACCAAACAUGGGUCAAAACAUGAAUCCAAUGGGAAGUAAUAUGGGUCCAGCAAUGGGUCAGGGAUCGAAUCCAAACAUGGGUCAAAAUAUGGGCCAAAACUAUGGAAACAGGUAUAAUAAUUACCAAGGAAAUAUGUUCCAACCUUCUAUCAGCCCCCAACAAGGAUAUGCUCAGGCCCCUAACUCUGGUCCUAAUCAAAGAGCUCUGGCUAUCACUGCUCCUCCACAACAACAGUAUACUGAUGAGCAUGGUAACAACAUGAUCGGGGAAGUGUUGAUCUAUCCACCUGUAUCUUUGGGAGGAGAAAAGUAUAACCAAGAUGUAUAUGUUGCCAAUCAUUCAAUCGGAUCUGUCAUCGGAAAGGGUGGUAACAAUAUUAAACAAAUCAGAGAAUCAAGUGGCUGUACUUAUGUGAAAAUCGAGCCUGACAAAGGUCAAACUAUGAUGAUUGGGGGAGGAAGAGGUCUUGUUAACAUGAGAAAGUUAACAUUAACUGGUAGCCAAACAGCAAUUAAUACCGCUAUUUACCUAAUCAACCAAAGAAUCAAUACUGACAACAAGAGACAUUAA